AUGGCGUUUGCUGAGACAAAUAUCAGUUUGUCCCAGCCGGAUAUCACGCAGAAACUAACGGAGCGCAUAGACGACCUGAAGCAAAAGAUCGCUGCUUGGGGGAAGCCGAUUCGCGGAUUUACCGAGAGGUCAAGGCGGUUCAACCAGAAUCGUCUCUUCCAAAGUGAUCAGAAGAGGCUCUACAAAUCAUUGGAGCUACCAGAGGUAUGUGGAGCGGGCCCAGGGCCGGAUCACGCUAACACUGUCGCAUUUUGGCGUGGCCUGUGGUCAGAGUCCGUAAACCACAGCGAGGGCCCUUGGACGGAAGUUGUGGCGAGUCAAUAUGCGAGUGUUACGCCCAUGGACCCCGUCAUCAUAACACCGGGUGACGAAGCUGAGGCGGUCCGUAGAGCCCCGAAAUUUAAAAGUCCGGGACUCGACGGGCUGCAUCACUACUGGCUGAAGGGGUUCGUGGUGUGUCACGCUGUGCUCGCCCGUUAA